GCCGCGGGAGCGGCGCCCAACUCGGAGGAGGGCGUGGCUCCGGCUGAUGUGCUGCCAUUGGUGGAGGCGUCUGCGUUGGCGGUGGCGAGUGCGGCUGCGGCUGGGGCAGGGGCGGAGCUUCGAGCCUGAGCCUGAGCCCGAGCCGCAGCCCGGGCCCAGCUCGGUUUGGACGCUGCGGAGGCAACAGCAGCUUCAGCAGCAGCAGCGGCAGCAGCAGCGACAGCAGCAGCGGCGGCUGCGAUCGGCUCCGCGGAGGCGGAGCGUGCACGGGCAGAUGCUCCUGCGAAUGAGACGGGGUAGGCGGCGGCGGGGCGUGGCCCGGCCCGAGGCCUCGCUGCCCUGGACCGAGCGCGGCGUUGUUCCGCCAUGGGUAAACCGCCUGCUGUCCGCUAGCGCCCUGGCGGGCAUGCAGGAGGAGGGCGAGAGCUCCCAGGGCGGCGCGGCCCCCGUGCCCCUGUCCGAACUGGCGCAGCGCAAGAAGAAGAAGAAGAAGGAGGAGCAGCAGCCCGAGGCCGAGGCCCAGGCCGAGCCCGAGCCCGAGCCCCAGCCCGAGCCCACCCCGCCGCCCCAGCCCCCCAAGGCGGAAGCCGCUCAGGCGGCCAGCAACAGCAGCGUGGUGGCCUGGCGCAGCAAGGCCGAGUGGGAGCAGGUCAUGGUCUACCUCUUCUGCUCCGAUCACGACCUGCAGCGGCACGCGCUCAACCGAGUGUCGGCCUGGAAGAGCAGGUGCAGCAACAACCUCCCCCUGGCGGUGGCUUGCACAACAGACCUGGUGCUUUGCAAACUCCUUGAUGGAACCUCAGCCUUGGGCUCCCAGGAGCUUGUGCUUCUCUAUGGGAUGGCCUUGGUCAGGUUUGUGAAUCUUAUCACUGAGCCCAAGCAGAAGAUCAUCAACGUUCCCUUGAGACGCUUGGCCCACGAGAUGCACAUCCCAGAGUGGGUCGUGAACCUUCGCCACAAUCUGACUCACAGGAAUCUGCCCAGGCUGAAUACCUGCCGCCGAGGCUGUGAAUUCGUCUUAGAGUGGCUCCGUCGCACCUAUUGGUGCCGCCAGUUGGGGAGUAACUUGGGCGAGCCCUGGGAUGCACGGGCGCGUAUCCGGGAGAUAGAGAUGGGGCAGGACGAAGAAGAUGGCGAAGUGGAGGAGGUGGAAGAGGUGGAAGAGGUGGAAGAGGUGGAGGAUGAACAGCCCACCCAGGAGGAAGUGCUUUCUGAAGAGGCUCAGAGAGAGAAAGACAUGCGAGAAAAAAUCCGGAAACUGCUGGUGUCCUAUGGAGAACAACAAUUUAAGGUGCUCCGCCGUUCCAGGCAGCUGCCCAAAACCAUGAAACUGUGGACCAAGGCCACCCGCGAGGUGGAGCGGCUGGUGGGCCGCCUGAAGAAGCUGUCUAAGGAGAAUCGAGCCUAUAUGGUGGACACCCUGCUUGAUGAAGGCUUCCUAAUCCCUACUGCUGAACAACUGGAAGCUCUGAAGAUCCAGCCAACAGAAGUCUCAAACCUGGUGAACCUGCUGAUGCCAAGGUCCUUUUCAAGCUUCUGGCAGCCCCUCCUCAAGGGCCUGCAGUCCCAGCCUUUCAUUCAGGCCAUUCUGGAGAAGAUGCUGAGAAGCCUUCCCGAAUGUGGGGACACUGGGAUCCGGCCAGCCUACCUGAUCAGCUGGAUCAAUGAGCUUGUGGUGGUCUAUACCUCGACUGGGCCCUGCCAGAGGCGCCUCACUGCUGGCCAGAGGUCAGUCCGGAAGAGCUGGAAGAUGGGACCCCGCAAAUUCAUCCUGAAUUGGUCCCAGCUGCUUGAUGUCACUCUUGAUGCCGCCUGCUGGGCCAGUCCCCACCUCCUCCAAUUGGUCCUCAAGGCCAUGGAGCCUCAGCUGCCUCUGGACUCGCAGGAGAAGCUCAUCUGUCUCUGCACCAUCUACACCCAGGGUGGGAACCCAAUGUCUAGCGCGAAGCCCUACGAAGGGACCUCCUCCAUGGACAGGCCUGUCUAUACCCUGGAAAACCUUCAGUGGCAGAUGAAGCGGGCUCUAAAAGAGAAGAAGAAGAGCCGCAAAGCUGGGGAAGCCGACGACGAUGAUGAUGACGACGAUGACGACGAGGAGGAAGAGCAGCAGCAGCAGGAGGAGACCGAGUCAGAAGAUUCCUCCGAACCUGAAGUGAUGGAAGUGGACCCGCAGCCAGUGAAGGAGGUCUUGCUGAAGGAGACUCCGGAGAUGCUGGCGCAGAAGCAGGCCGGCUUGGAGGGCUCUCCAUGGCAGCUGUGCUUAGAUGACAUAAACUGGAGCGAAUUACCCCUGGGCAAGAUUCCAGGCCAGACUGAUGACCCUGAUGAGCUGAUGGUGGAUAACUACACCCUGAUAUCUGUGCUGGAUCAGCCUGUGAUCCGCGAGCUGGAUGAUGAGCCUCAUUCAUCCUCAUUUGGCAUGGGAAUAAAAGCAGAGUCGGCAGAUGGUGGGAGUAAUCCAAGUUUGGGGUUUGGCAAGACAUCAGAGGUGGGACAAGAAACACCCCUUUCCACCAUGCCGGUUCUCCAGUCAAAGAGAGAGGUGAAACGCACUUCCGUCGUGAUCCGGUGUCCUGACCUUGGGGCAUGGGGAGAAAACACCAUUUCAUCAACCCAGGUCUCCUGCCUCCCAGUGGAAGAGGAUCCAGAAGACGAUCCUGAUGUCAUCAUUGAGCGCCAUAUUCCUCCUCCUCCCAGGGUGGAGGGCCAAUCUAUCCGCGUGCCCGUGAUUGUGAACCCCCGCAAAGUGUUCAAGCGGUCUCACCAUCCCCACUCUGCUCCCACAUUCAUUUUCCCUCCAGUCCAGUCCUAUUCCUAUGAUGACGUGCUCUAAAGCUGCCCAGCUUUAGAGAGCCCACUGUGCUCUCUGCAAUGCCUGUUCGCUAGGCGGCAAACUUGCUUUUGUCUUUGAUUGUUUCUUUUUGCGCUCUUUCCAUUUCCUGCCUCUCUCCCUCCCAACAACACAGCCUCCCUGGCACUAGAUGCACUUUCAUUCCCCCAAUUCACUGGUCAAGGCAAGAGAGUUGGGAUACCCCUCGCUCUCCGUGGCCACUUCCAGACUCAUUCUCUACCUCCACCUCUCAGUAAUCUCCCCUCCUCUGAACUCCACUCAGUCCAUCGCCACCAACCCAUGAAAAUUCUGGUAGCUGUUGCCUACUGAUCUCUACUCACUCCUUCUUCAUGGAUGAGCUUGGGGCCUGGCUCACAGUCUUGCUCUCCUCCCUGACUCCUGUCCUCGUAUUAGGGGACUUCAACAUAGACAGAAAGACUCCCUCAAACAGCUUAACCUCCUGGUCCCUCAACUUACUCAUUUCCCAUGGCCUCCACCUCCACUUCACCUUAGCCACACAUACAGAGAUGGCCACACCCUUGUUCUUGCCAUUACCCACAAGUGCACACCUUCCAUGCUCAUGAAAUCCCCUUAUUGGAUCACCAUCUACUGUCAUUCCACCUCUCCCUCUGUCUCAGAGCCCCACAUCCUAUUCAUUCAUUCAUUCAUUCAUUCAUUCAUUCAUUCAUUCAUUCAUACUGUGACCUCUGAUCAACCCCUUUACUCCUUCCCAGGCCAUCACCUCUGUACUCCCCACACUUCUCCCUUCCCCAUCUUGACCCUUUGGUGAACCAGUUCCCCUCUACACUGCCCUUUUACCCAGAAUCCCUUGCCCCUUCUAUAGCCGAUCUUGCACCACUAAGCCUCAGCCUUGAAUCGCUCCCACCAUCUGCUGCCUUUACUCCUACACGUGCUGCUGAAAAAAGGUGGAGAAAACUGUGCUGACUGGGUCCACUACAGAUUUGUUACCUGACCUCAGUUGGACCCUCACCAAUACUAGGCGAUCCUCUCCCACUUCCCUAAAGGAUCCACUCUCCCACCCUCCACAGCCGCCCUUCCAAACCUUUUCCUCCCACCUCCCACCUCCUGUAGCCCCUCCUCUCCCCUCCCCUCCUCUCCCUCCCCAACUCUCAGCUUUGCCUCAUAUUUUCCUGGAAAAUUUGAGGUCAUUUGCAGUGAGAUCCCUGUUCUUCCCUCUCCCUUAUCUCCUAUCACUCAGAUGCCUUCUGCCACUAUCUUCUACUUCACUCAUGUCUCACAUCAUGAGGUGGCCCUAAUCUUUGCCAAAGCAAAGCCUUCUACGUGCCCAAGUGAUCCCGCUCCAUCUCAUCUCUUCUAUCAUCUCCACUCUCCUUAUGUGCACUGGCUCCUUCCUUACCACCUCCAAACAUGCCCAUGUCACCCUCAUCCUCAACAAGCACUCAUUGGAUCCAUCCAUCCCUGCUCACUCACCCCACACCUCUCCUCCCUUCUGUGGCCAAACUCCCCGAGAAGGCUGUCUACAAUAGGUGCCUCCACUCUCUCCCCCUCUCACUCUCUUCUGAACUCUCUACAGUCUCUGGCUUCUGACCUCAUCAUUCAUCCAAAACUGCUCUCUCCAAAGUUACCAGUGAUCUCUUAACUGCCCAAUCCAAUGGCCUUUUCUCAAUCAUCAUUCUUGCCCUCUCCAUAGCCUUUGACACUGGCAAUCGCUGCCUUCUCUCUAGGUUCUCAGGCUACUGCCCUCUCCUGGGUCCAUUCCUUCUCUCGCCUUUGCUGGAUCCUCACCCAGGUUACCCCUCACUGUGGGUGUCUCCCCAAAGCUCUGUCCUGGGCCCUCUUGUUCCAUUCUCCAAUUUUGCUGUAGGUGAUAAUCUUCUCCCAGCACCCAUGGAUUCAAUUAGCAUCUCUAUGCUGAUGCUUCUCAGUUCUCCUCAUCCAACCUUAACGUAACUCUGCUGACCUCCAGUCUCCCAUCUCCAAUUGCCUAUUGGACAUCUAGAACUGGAUUUCCCAUUAGACAUCUUAAACUCAACAUGCCCCCAAAUGAACUUGGUAUCUCCCCUCCCUCCCCGCUGCAACUCCUCCUGCCUCUCCUGUUACCGUUGAGGGCACCGCCAUCCUCCCAGUCACCACCCCGAUGUCACCCUCCAAAUUCUCACUCCUCCAUUCCCAAUCUGUUGCCAUGGCCUCUCUAUUUUACCUUGAUCACAUCUCCUGUAUAGCCCCCUUCCUCUCCCAUUUAGCCUCUGACACUGCCACCCCCUGAUAAAGGCCCUUAUCACCUCGCACCUGGACUCUUGCAGUAGCUUGCUGGUUGAUCUUGCCCCUGUGUCCCCCGCUCCAGGCUGUCCUCAGCUGUCCAAGUGAUUUUCCUAAAGCGUAGGUCUGGUCCCCAGUGAGUUGUCAAAGUGAUUUUCUUGAAGUGUAAGUCUGACCCUGUCACCCCUUCCCUACUUAAAACUCCUGAGGCUCCCCUCCCUGUGACCUCCAAGAUCAGAUGUCAAAUCCUCUGUUUGGUGUUGAAAGCCCUUCCCAACCUGCCUGCCCCAGCCUGAUUCAACCCAAGAUCCCCUUCUCCAAGAAUCCUCCUCUGUCCCCAUCUCCUAUUUCUCUUGUAUAUAGCUUGUUUGUAUGUAGUUGUUUGUAUGUUGUCCCCUCGAUUAGAUUGUGAGCUUUUUGAUGGCAGGUUCUGCCUCUUACCUUUCUUUGUAUCCUCUAUGCUUAG